AUGCCUGCGAGCGGCGAAACGGCGGCGCAGGGCGGCCUGGCUGCCCCGCACUUGCGCCGCUGUUUCCGCCAGCGCCGCCGGGAGGAAGAGGCGGAGGAGGAGGAAGAGGAGGCGGAGGAGGAAGAGGAAGAAGAGGGUGAGGACGAAGAGGAGGCGGAGGAGGAGGAGGAGGCGGCGGUGGCAGCAGCAGCGCAGCGGUUUGCGCCGGGCGGAAGGGAAAAUCCGGCGCAGCCCAGCGGCCGCCUGAGCGAGAACACCCGGCUGGCCACCCGCUACGCCGUGAAGAUUUUCCGGGACUACCUGAGCGAGAAGGAGCAGCCGGCGGAAUUCGAGCGGCUGGGCAAGGAGGAGCUGUGCCGGGCGCUGCGCUCGUUUUACGCCGAGGCCAGGUCCAAGAGCGGCCAGGUCUACAGCAAGUCGUCCCUCAUCAGCAUCCGCUCGUCCCUCAACCGCUACCUGAACGAACCCCCUUACAGCCGGACCCUGGACCUCACCAAAGACCCCGAGCUCCGCAGCGCCAAUCUUACGCUGGCCGCGGUCAUCAGGAAACUGGAGGAGCAGGGAGCGGGACCCGUCAUCCAGAAACAAGCCAUCACCAGGUAGAACACCUCAACCGGAGCCAUCCAGGGGAACUGAGUU